AAAAACUGCCAGAGAGGAGUGGGAAAAGGAGGAGAACGAGAGUACGUGAUUGUGGACAAUAGUUAUAGGUGAAUGUGGCAAAUCAGGCAACUCUGCAGACAAGAGAUACAGUCAUCCUUUCUCAUCUAUUCUGAGCUAUUCCAAACAAUCCUGUGUCCAUCUGGAGACAUCCAAGGAUGGCAUUUAGGGUGAAGACACCGUCUGUACUCAUUACUUUAUUUUCUACCUCUUCUACGCCAUCCAUCCUCCACCAGAACAUGAAGAUCAACUCCUCUGAAAGUCCCUGGCUGAACAGCAGCACCUCGCCAGUCAUCAGACCCUCAGGCAUUGGAAUGUCCUGCUUCACUAUGACUUUUGGGGCCAUCUCCAACCUCACCGCUCUGGGUAUCCUGGCUAAGUCCCGUGUCCGGUUCCGCCGCCAAUCCAAAGCACCAUUCCUGCUAUUAACAGUGGCUUUGCUAUUGGCUGACCUGGGAGGUCAUGUGAUCCUAGGUGCCUUUGCUAUAUAUUUGCACAUGGAUCAGAGGUAUAAAAUGCAGGUCGAGAAGCCCACUACAUUUUGUCAAGUCUUUGGGGCAAGUAUGGUGUUUUUUGGCUUAUGCCCUUUGCUAUUAGGCUGUGCAAUGGCUAUUGAGCGCUUCGUGGCCAUCACCCAGCCCUUCUUCCAUACCGCUAUGAUUACAGUGACUCAUGCACGGCGAGUUGUGUUAUUUCUGUCCUCUCUUGCACUCAUGCUGGCAGUUCUACCUUUAUUUGCUGUGGGGACUUAUACUAUCCAGUUUCCCGGCACAUGGUGUUUCUUGCCUAUCUAUGGUCCACAGUCUAAAGCUAACACCAAUCUGGCUCUGGCCUUCUCAUGUCUGGGCCUCAUUGCACUCACUCUUUCUCUGCUCUGCAACAUCCUGAGUGGUCUGGCAUUGCUUCAGGCCAGAAUAAGGCCCCACAAUGCUAAUACCAAAUCAACAGCCCGCUGCAUCCGUCGACUAUCUUCUGCAUCAACUUCCUCCUUGUUUUGUUCGUUGGAUGUGGAGAUGAUGGCGCAACUGGCAGUGAUCACUGUGGUUUCCUGUGUGUGCUGGAGUCCCUUCCUUAUCCACAUUCUUGUGACGCAGUUAAACCAAAGCUCCAGAGCCUCAACACAAGAGCAAGAUGGGUUCAUUCUUCUGGGUUUACGUAUGGCCUCCUGGAAUCAGAUCUUGGACCCAUGGGUUUACAUCUUACUGAGGAAAGCUGUGCUCUCCAGAGUUUGCUGUGCUUGUUACACACAGAGACCCAGAGAGAGAACAAAUAGCUUCUGUGCAGACAGCCACAGGCAGACCUUCAGUCUUCAGUGACUAUGUUACACUUGGACUCUUUAGACUUUUUUGGAAAUAAAUAAUUUAAUUGUG